UCCAUACUCCUUGGUAUUAGGGUUCGUCAAAUGUAGGAAACGAAACUUAAGAGUGCUGUUGUUCAGUGAAGCUGUGACCGACUCAUAGACUGUGUGGAGACUGAGACGGUGAAGAACUAACUUCAGCAACAUUCGGUUUCUAUUCCAGCUACAAGAAGGAUCCUAGGACAUCGUUCAACACCAAAGAUACUCAAGGAGAAUCAGGACUUUGUGAUUUCGAAACAUGUCUGACAAUCAGCCAAAAGACACGCAGCAAGUUGUCCUCUGCGACAUGUGCACAGAGGAGGACAGGAAACCAGCCAGAAAGACCUGCAUGAAAUGUGAGAUCUCCAUGUGUGGGCAGCACCUGCAGGUCCACCUGACCACGCCGGUGUUACUCCAAACUCAUCCUCUGACCGAACCCAUGGCUCUAGGUGGCACCACCAAAUGCCCCCAGCAUGGCAAACUCCUGGAGUACUACUGCUUGGAUGAUAUGACCUGUGUGUGUGUUUCCUGCGCCAUUGAAGACCAGCACCGCCUUCACAAUAUGAAAACCUUCUCCACAGCCCACAAAGAGCUCAUGGAGAAGCUCACAGGUGAGCAGAAGGCCCUGCGGGUGAAAACUGACGAUGAGAAUGUGAGUCUGGAAAAGUGGGAGAAUAGUGAAAGAGGGAAGCUGAGUCACUCCAGCCUGCGUCUAAUUGAGGCUGUGACUAAGAUGCAUGAUGUAUCCCUGACCAGCGUCAGAUCUUCAGUUUCUGCUCGGAUGGUGGCCUUAAAAACAUGCAAGAGCAGCCUGCAGGGGGCGCAGGAGGGGAAGGACACCUUCAGAUUCCUGCAGAUGUAUUCAGAGGUGAAUCGGGACGUGGAGGAGGCCAAGGCCGUGGACCUGAGGAAAGGGUUGCUGCCCGGCAGCGACCGUGACAAACUCGUCCAAGUGAUACAACAGGAUGGGGAAGACAUGAUGGAGCAGGCAGAACACUUCUGGGGAUCCUUGUUGACUCUGGUCGAUCCGGACCAGGAGCUCCUCAGCACUGGUCCAGACCUGAUGUUUGAGCCUCUGGUUCUCGGCUCCGGCAUCUCACUGUCCAAAGACAACCGGAGGGUUUUCUACAGUGAUUGGAUCGGGGAGUGCACUGCCACUCUUUUGAUCGGCAGAACCCAACCAGGUACUAACCUUAAGAGGUGGCAGGUCUGUCUUUCCAAAGACUUUGAUUGGACCAUUGGUUUGUGUGACAAAAAUUCUGCGAAGGAUCUGAAGAAGGGGCCCCACUAUGGCCUUUGCUACAAAAAUCACCAGCUCAGCUCUGUCUCGUCAGAUGAGUGUUUUGAUGCAUCAUCUAAUUCAAGAGAUUUGAUGCAGCAAACCGAAGCAGGCGGACACAUUUCCUCUGCACUGAUCACACAUCAGGGAGAUGAAGAAGAGGAGGCUGUGCCGCGACCUGAAAAGGUGGAAGUGGUUUGGAAUUCUGUUGCUUCCUCGCUGUCCUUCUUCAGGAGAAGUGGACUGCACCGGAGGGAAGAAAUAGUCACGAUUGCGAUCAACAUCAACAACCAGGACCUGGUCCCCUUUGUUCAACUGGAAAUGGAAAAUGCACAAAACAGUGCAAAUUCUUCCCAGAUUCAAUGGAAGUGCCCAUGUGGAAGAGUUUACAAAAAGGAAGCCAAUUACUACAGACAUGAAAAUGGCAGGGUCAUCAACCGGAAAAACUGUCCCUGUGGAGAAAUCCUUGGCGGUCGCUUCACAGAGGUGGUUUGUGAACUUCUGUAAUUUGUGUGUCCCCCGAUGGUCUUUGCUAAUCAAUAUACAAAGAAGUAAAUGGGAAAAACCUCUGAGGGGAAAAAUGUUUCAUUUCAUUACAUGAAUAUAAAUGUUGCUGAUUACGGUUACGCUAUAAAAUGGAAAUGUAGUGCUAUUGGAGUAGAAUUGUAUUCAUGGUGUGAUUUUUCUUAUAGUUUAAAUAUGCACAUUAUACACAAGUGACAAUAUAAUAUCUGAAUAUCUUUUAAUUGUACCCAUGUUAUUCUUUUUUUUCGUGGGAAUUGAUUCUAAUGUACGAAACCAGUUGUUUGAUUUAACUGGAAUGCUUCUUCAAUUUUCUGCCGUUAAGUUCAAUGUGUUUGUCUCCAUCUGCUGGUGGUGAAUCAAUAAAGUCAGAGAAAUGAAAA